CGGACACCUCAGUUCUUGUUUAGUUCGUGCGAGGAAACGCACGUAGAAAUACACGUCGUAUCCAUUAUAAAAUUUCGUAAGUUCUAUACGAUAGACAGUUUAAAGAAAAUAAGAUAAUUAAAGUGCAAGUGUCUAGAACCAGCAAAUACUGAAUUAAAAAAUCCAUCAUGAUUGCGAUACAAGAGUUUAUAUAUCUUUUGGUAAAUCUAUUUCGACUUAUUUUGCAAAUUAUUUAUCACACCUGUGAAAACGCGUACAACAACUUGUUUGGUAUCAAAGAAAAAGAUGUUACUAAAGACAUCGUCUUGAUAACAGGAACAGGUCACGGUAUAGGAAAGGAGUUAGCAAUGCAGUAUGCUUUGUUGGGUGCAACAGUAGUGUGUUUGGACAUAAACCAGCAAUCAAAUGAGGAGACAGCAAAUGAGAUUAGAAAAAUUAAAAAAAAUUCACAAAACACAGUAUACGCGUAUCAAUGCGACAUAACCAACAGAGAAGAAGUCUUCAAAGUAGCACAUAAGAUAAUGAAAGAAGUCGGUGACGUUAGUAUUUUAAUUAACAACGCUGGUAUAAUGCCUUGCCAUACUUUCUUAGAUCACACCCCUAAUGAAAUUACACAGAUUUUCAACCUUAAUGUAAUAGCGCAUAUAUGGAUGCUGCAAGCAUUUUUACCAGGCAUGUUAAGAAAAAAUAGUGGCCACAUUGUUGCGAUUUCAUCGAUAGCAGGACUCGCAGGUUUACCAAAUAUAGUUCCUUACAGCGGUAGUAAAUGUGCAGUAGCAGGUUUAAUGGAAGCUCUUAACUACGAACUCGUACAAAAUAAUAAAGGAAACUCAUCAAUUAAAUUUACUACAAUUUAUCCCUUUAUGGUAGAUACGGGGCUUUGUAAAAAGCCAAAGUUAAAUAACAGGCUUUCUAUUGCAUUAUUAUCACCGAAAAAAGUAGCAGCACAAAUAAUCAAAGCGCAACGGAGGAACAUAAGAGAGAUGUCUAUACCAACAUUUUGGUUUUAUGUAGCUGCAUUAAUUAAGUUUUUGCCGGAAAAAUCAAUAGUAUGCAUAAGAAACUUUUUUGAUUGUGGAGUCGACCCAGUCGACUAAUUAAUACAGACAAUUUUUCACGUUUUGUCAUAAAAAAAUUAUUUCAAUGCGUUUCACAAAUAUUGCGAAUACGAUACUAAAUACAAUUAUUCUUUAGAUAAUAUAAUGUUAUUAGAACAUAGUAUUAAUUUUUGUAAUGU